AUGAACUCAAACAAAUCCUUCAUACCAGAGAUCAUCGUCGAGACCAGCGUACCAGAAUCUCGACUUCGCGAGAACAAGAAGCAUCCACCAAGCCACUCAGGUCAGGAGCAGUGUCCAAGACUCGUCAAGAGGCUCAAGCCAUCACAGAGUACCUCCAGAGAAUCCGCAAAGCGCACCCUCUCUUCGUCAGGGUCAAGCACAGUCGCCAUCACUGGAGUUAUGGGCCACAAUCAUACGCAAGACUCCUUGAUCGAGAGUGAGCAGCUGGAUGUCCCAUAUCAGUCCAGGUCCAGCCAGGCUAGUUUCGACCAUGAGACAAAAGACACUUCCUUGAUGACUGUAGAAGAGGAGGAUCAUCAUCCACAGACAGUUGCAUGGAAUAACGGCUUCACAGGAGGUGCCGAGGACACCCUCGACCGAGACUGGGAUCUUGCUCAGAUCGGAAGCUUUGUGGACGACGAAGAGGCAAUCACCGAAGCUCUUCUGGCGGCUCCAGAAGAAGUGCUGGACGUUGUAGCCGCCAGGUUGGAGAAGACAUUGAGGGAGGCCGAAGCAAUUCUUUCAAAGCUCAAAUCAGCCUUCCAGGACGCGGAGGACGGAGAUGUCUGA